AUGCCAGCUCGUGGAGUUUCGGGGCUUGGCACUCAUCAGCACAGCCCGCACACGUGUAUUGGUUCAGCUCUGCUUGUUAACGUAACCUCUCUAAUUUUCUUUGCAGUAAAACGAUGUAAGGAACCAAAGGAAGAGAGGCGUCCCUGGAAGAUAUGGUUUUAUGAUACCUCCAAGCAAGCAAUAGGUGCCCUCUUCAUCCACUUUGUCAAUAUUUUUCUGUCGGAUCUAAAUGAAGAGGACCCUUGCUCUCUCUACCUUAUUAAUGUCAUUCUUGAUGCCACACUGGGGAUGCUGCUCGUCUGGCCUGGUAUGAAAGCUGUUUCCUGGAUCAUGCAGCACAAGAAGUGCACGUACCUGGUCUUCGGAGAAUAUGGUGACCCUCCACAAGCUGCUGCCUGGAUUGGCCAGUGUUUCCUCUACUUGCUGAUAAUGUUUUUUGAGAAGACUGUGAUUAGGCUUGUCCUGCUUAUCCCUGGUUGGACAAAGCUUCCGCAGAUCCUCCUGGGUUACAUCCCAGGUUCCCAGCUGGAGCUCGCCCUGGUCAUGUUUGUUGUGCCUUUUAUAGUCAAUGCCAUUACGUUCUGGGUUGUGGACAGCUUGACCAUGAGGAAACAUAAGCAGAAGGAUACCCUGGACAUCAAUGGAUCCACAGAAACUCCUUGGGCUAGGAAGACUGAGGAAUCUCAGAUGAUGUGGCUGGAGGAUGCCCACGCGUGGCUCCGUCUGCAUUGUGCAAACGCUCCAGGCCGGUGGCAGCCAGUUAGCUCAAAACAGCCUGUUGGUAGCUUCAAGUCUGAAGCAUUACUCUCUCCAGACAUGGAUUUUGAUCAGUCUGAAAGCGACGAGGAUAUUUCAGGACUCCACGGAACGAACUAGAAGAUGAAGCAGUCCAGCUAUCAAGUGGUCAUCUGA